AAAAUAUUUUUGUAUUUUGUAAACUUCUGAUAAAAUAAUGUUAUUUGAUUUGCCAGAAAACAAAAAUUUGAUAUGAAACUAGAAUACUAUACCUCAACCAUGUUAUGGUUGUUGCUUACGCAACGCCUUCACACGGUCCCAUUUAUUUUCUAGCCAAAUUCUCUAAAGAAAUCCCUUUCAGAAUUCCCUAUAUAAUUUCCAAUAUCUUAUCUAAUCAGUUCCUUUUAAAUUUGGAAAGACGGAGAGAUAACAAAAGUUAGUUAGUUUUCAGACCUAUCAAAACAUAUGAGGAUUGAGGAAUAGCAAGAUCCAAUUUUAUUUAUUAAAAAAUUGCCAAUUGUUUUUACGAGUUUCCUUUUUGAGUUAUGAAAGCAAACGUAAAAGCCCUAUAAAUAACGAUCAUCACUAGCAUAGAGAACCACUCCAAACUAAAACGUAAAUUACAAAGUCAGAUAACUUCUACAUGUCUCCCUCUGCCUCCGUCAUUGUCGCACGUGUUUUGUUCUCUACUGCUGCCAUGAGACAGAACCCCCUGAAACGCAAACGUGACGAUGAGAUCACUGUGCAUGAAGAAGAUGACGUGCAUGAACAUACCAAACCACGUCCACCGUCUUGGGAGGCUCUAUGCGUUCUUGGUCCUUACAUGGAUCCUCAGACACUCGCCGUCGCCUCUUGUGUCUCAACCACAUGGUUAGAGUGUUUCUCCUCGGACGAUCUAUGGAAGGCUCUCUUAACGGCAAGGUCCUCACAGCGCUCUUCUCCCUAUGAGAUCGUAUUGAAAAACACGGACAACAUCUCGUGCAAACACCUUGUCUUCGCUGUUGAAAUGGACGCCAAACGCCGACGCAAAGAUCAAGUCGUGGAACCUGUCAAGAUAUCCCUCUGUGAUCUCAGCUUCAUGGUCCAUGUGUCAACUAAAACAAAGAAAGCAUCGGUUUACAAAAAAGGCAAAGAUCUCGACUUUGGUCCUAACGACAAGUUCCAGAUCGAAGCCGACGUAAGCAACGCAGCUAUCACUGCCGGUGAAGAUGACGUGAUGAUGACAUGGCAAGUCAUGUACAAGGGAAAGUUCUUCACGCUAGCUGAUACUACAAGAUCGAUGGACACAAAGAAUGGUUGGUUCACUGAUAAACUUGAAGACAAGUGUAACCGCAAGCUAGUAGGCGACGUCAAGCCGAGUUUCAACGGCGAAGUUCUUGAGAAGAUUGGAAUUUCGAUAGUGGAUUCAGAUGGUUGGGGAUCUCUGUUACUUAACGGGGUUUUGAGAUAUCUUCAGCGAUUUUUGUUGGAAUAAUGUUCUCACAAUAGUCUCUGAGUAGAUCAGUAUAGGUCAUACAAAUCUCAAUCGAGUAGAUGGUUUAGCAAGUAAAAGUUCUUUUAAUGUUGUUAUUCAUGGUAAUGAAAUUCAAUAUAAUAUAGUAAGAAAACAAUA